AAUAGACGACAUGGAGAAUCGCGCAAAAGACAACGAAGAAAAUCUCAUUGAGGUGGAAACUGAACAGGCUGCUUACAAGCGGAAUUUCGAGAAUACGUAUCGAGAAAUUGGAGGCGAGACAACAUUCUACUUGGAUCUGGACAGCUUUCGAGAUAUACUGUUGGAGCAGAUUGGUGACGACGAAGCGGCUGAAGAGGAAUUUGAAGAAUGGUAUCAAGAGAAACAAAAUCAGAAAUGGAAGCGGAUCGGCGUUGGUUUCCUUACUGAAAUUGUAGCAAGCGCGGGCAUUGGGGGGUUGGCUUAUGCCUCUCUCAUUAUUGGAACAGGUGGAUUCUCUAUUAUUUUCUGUGGUGGUGUGGUACUAAUGGCAGCCGCUGGUGGGGCUGUGUCACUUGGUUUUGGUCUGGGUGUUUACAAAUUGUAUCGUAUGUACAAAUGUUACCAAUUCAAGAAAGCUCAUGACGCUGAAAUAUUACCAGUUGGAGUGUUUUUUUUAAAUAACGAUGCUCAGAGUAAGGAAUCUCACAAUAUCGAAAGUGAAGAAGCGACCACAGCGAGUAAUAAUGUUCCAAACAAUUGGGAAAUGUCGGCCAAUAAAGCGAUGUUGUCAUAAGUUCCGCAAAUUCCUCACAAAAUACGAUAAUAAAAAUAUAUUUGGAUUGGUAUACCAAUAUACAU